GAGAAGUGGCCGAUGUCUCGCAGGGAGGAUUUACAGAGAAAAGGACAAUAAUUUGGAUAUCUAUUUUUUUUGGUUUGUUUGCUUCAACUGGAGUGUCAGAUACCCUGGAUACCAUUAGCCAUGGCAGAAGGGGGCUGCGCAAAGACCGAAGAGGGGGAGGCACCGAGCUCCGAGGAGGACUCUGGUUCUUUUCAUGGUAGCGGAGUGUGCAAAUGGUUCAACGUACGGAUGGGGUUCGGGUUCCUAUCCAUGACCAACAGGGACGGUGUCCCUCUCGAAACCCCCGUCGAUGUGUUUGUUCAUCAGAGCAAACUGCACAUGGAGGGUUUCCGCAGUCUGAGAGAGGGAGAGGCCGUGGAGUUCACCUUCAAAAAGUCAUCCAAGGGCCUGGAGUCGGUGCGGGUGACUGGCCCAGAGGGAGCUCCCUGUGUGGGCAGCGAGAAGAGACCCAAGGGGGCCCAGAAGCGCCGGUCCAAAGGAGAUAAAUGCUACAACUGUGGAGGCCCUAACCACCAUGCCAAAGAAUGCCAGCUCCCACCUCAGCCCAAGAAGUGCCAUUUCUGCCAGAGCAUAGCCCAUAUGGUGGCCAGCUGUCCCAUCAAAGCACAGCAGUCCUCGCCCGGAUCUCAGGAACGGUCGUCCUCGGCGACGGGCGGAGAGGAAGAGGAGCUGAUGCGUCCAGCUCCGCUUCCUCCGGAGAGCUCCGACUAAGGGGCCGGAUCGUCAGGGAGACAUGAGCCAAUCAAAACGCUUCACUGGAAUGCUGCUUCGAGAACUACCUCAGGUUCUACUUUUUUUGUGUUUUUGUUUUUUUGAGCAUAGAUAACAAUUGAGUUCUUCACAGUAUGACAGUGUUAGUUUAGAAUGUCGAGUUGGUUAGAAGCUGGAGAUCAAUAUGUCAGUGGCCUCCGGAAAAUCAUAAUGAUAUUGAAUAGUGAUUUUUUUUUUUGACAGCUUUUCAGUGACGAACGUUUUUCAGUUUGACAUUUUCCAAGUCGGUUUUUGUUUUCCUGCCUUAGCUAAGUGUCUUAGAUUUGUACGGUAACAAUCAGAAAUCCAGUGAGUUUACAAACGGCAAUAAUCAAGGAUGUACAUCACGACCACGCCAUAUUACUUUUUCUCUGUGGGUAACGUUUAGGCCUUGUCUUGUUAGACAUGUAUGAAGAUAAUGAUUUGUACUCCUUGAUUUCUCAACCCUUUUACCUCCUUAUUUAAGAACAAUAUUUGCCAAAGAAUAGAGAAACAAGCCUUUAUUUUUGAACAUGGUGUGUCUUGACUGCUAUGAAUGUUAAGGGGACUGAAAGAAAGAUGGCUGUUUGUACUCCAUCCUAGGAGACACAGCUCUUUCCUGCAAUCAAUCGCCUUGAUUUCUAUGGCCAAGUGAAUGUUUAAGACUGUAGUGUAACUUUCAGAGUGCUGCACCUCUGUGCUGUGAGAGCUCAAUGUGUGGCCUCCUCCUGCCUUUUACAUGGUUGAUAAGUCACCAUAAUGUAAUUCAAGUCUUUCUUCAGGUUGCACAGUUGUUAAACGCAAGUAUGGCAGAUAUUAUACCUCAGUGUACGGCUUGUAUAUAAGCUGUCUGUCAGUGUUGGAAAAGGCUUGAUUGUAAAAAAAAAAAGGUUCCCUGUAGUUUUUAUGUAAACAUAUUGGGAAGUGCUGUAAAACUCCUCAAGGGAACCCCUUUAGUUCCUUUUGUUUGUUGUACUUGAAAACUGUUCAGAAAGCUAGUGCGUUCACUAGGGCUCUCUUCCACAAGUUGGGUUUAUGACUCCCCAGCACCCCUUAUGGCGGAACAUACAAAUUGUGAGGGAAUCAGAGUGCAUCAUGGGAGCUCAGAUAGGAUGUCUCCCAGCUUCUGUAGAAGUAGAGAUCGAACCAGACACACUAAUGUAUAUAAAUAUUAUCAUUUAAAACCAUGAUUUAUUUAUUUGUAACCACACAUGCUUAUCUCAUUAGAAAUCAUGAAGAUUUUGUCUUUAUUUUGAUUUCUUUUUCAAGCCUGGAGGUUUUGUUUACUUCCUUGGCUGUGAUGUUUGAUAAUCUUAUUUUAAUAGUGUGAUUUUGCUUUAUUUUCUGGCACUUCUAGCUAUGGAAAUUUAAAUCCUUAGUUUUGAGCCAAAAAAUUUAUGGAGCAAUUCACUGCACUAAUCAUGCGUUAAACAUUCUAUUGAUUUAUGUUGUCGUUGAAUUAUUUGUUUUGUACUUUAACUGUUAGACUGGGCUGUUGUCACAGCCAGAGUUUUUACUUUCUCACAAUCCUCAGUUUUUGCUCAGGGAAUUAUUUAAUCACUUUAUUUUAUUGUUCUCAACAUUAGUUUAUUUUGAAAUACAGGUCUGCAUGCACAGUGUAAAAAUGCGCUGGUUUGCUGGGAAACUGUGUGUUAUAUGCCUAAAGCAAGCCUGUCGAUCAAUGCACUACUGUUACUAUCACAACCCACAGGUCCCGUGUUCAUUCCAUAGUGACGGAUUAAAGUUGAGUCUUUUGUUUUAGUUUUGAAAGAUCAUAAAUAUUCCCUAAUUGAAAUUGAGGAUCUCUCUUUGACAUAUCAUGGUGUGUAGUAUAGAUAGGAUAUCAGUCCUGCUUCAGUCUUGUAUAUUGUUAACGUACAGAAGCAACCUUGAUUUAUGAUAAUAUAACAAUGUUUCCUUUGCAUGGUAGUUGAUGUUUUAGAAGUAGAGUAACCUUGUCCCAGUGGUUAAGGAGAAUGUUCUUGACAAAGAGAUAUAGGGUUGUGACCUCUCUCUCAAGAUUUGAGAGACCUAAUCAUUGAACUAACAUAACCUGCAGCUGUGAGGGGGUUUUCAUGGAAAUGCCCUUUGCUUGUAAGGCAGAGAUAUUCAACAAUGCUGUAAUGUUCGCCCCUGAAACCAUCACAACUCCUGUUUUUCCCCCAUGUUAUUGUCUUUAUCUAUGUAGUUUAUGGGAUGUGGGCUUUCUUUAAUAGUUUUUUAUUUUUUAUUUUAUUUCAUUGUGUUUUAAUCUUAAGAAUGAGACAGAAAUGCCUUGUGAUGAAUCUAUACAAGUCUACCUCAGGAUGUGUACAUGUAUGUGGAAAUGGCAAUGAGUUUGAGUCAUGCCUUUUUGAAGAGUGAGUGCCAGAGUUUUUGGUUGAGUUUGUUUGUGUUUCUUUUGGUUUGGUUUUUGUGGCUGUUUUUAUUUUGUGUGUGUGUG